CAACGCCUGGCCCGCCCCCUCUCUGGCUCAAACUACAGCGGUUUGCUUCUCCAAAAAAAACAAAAAUAAAUACUAUUUCUAAACUUAUUUUUCACAACUGUUCAGCAUCAUAUAUGUCUUUAAUUAGGCUAUUUCACCAAAUUAAACCUAAUAAAUGAAUUUCCGGCAACCGUUUUACGCGUUGUUAUGGCAACGAGUCCACCUCCUGUAUGUUGAAGCAAACAUAGAACCAGCAAACGUCAUUAAAUCACCAAACUCAAGUUAGCACAUUGUCGGGCUCCUGUACAUUAUACAGCCGUCGUCGCACCCAUGGCCCAUUACAGAGCCUCAGACUCGAAGCGAGAACAAUUUAGAAGAUAUCUCGAACAAUCGGGAGUCCUUGACACUAUAACGAGCGUUUUAGUGGCACUUUAUGAAGAGACCGACAAACCCGACAAUGCCCUGGAUUUCAUAAAGCUUCAGCUCGGCGGGGCUGGUCCAGAGCCAGCGGAUGCUGAGGCUCUUCGCAUGGAGCUGGCUGCCCUGCAACAGAAAUGCAACCUUCUCAUGGGGGAGAACAAAGAGCUCAGAAACAGGCUGAUGCAGUAUGAACCAUCAUCUGAGGAGGGGUCUGCAGAGUAGAACGGAGGGCUUUUGUCAUUGCUGUCUGGGGUAAAAACAUCAAAACAAUAUUUAUAUAAGGGAUGUACAGUGAAUACAAAAUCACUAUUUUUAUUGUUAUGUUUCAAGCACCUUUGCUUUGUCAUAAAUAAAAAUGUUUUUUU